AUGGCGAACGAUUCAGCAGAAAUAAUGGUGGCCCCGUUCCGACCUAUUUUUAGCCCUGGGCCUUACAAUUUGCCACAGUUCAAAUUUGCACAUCUACCGGCUUCUGGAAUAAAAAAGGCAUGGACCUCGUGGAUACGCUGGUUCGAAAAUGUGAUGGAUGCUACUAAUAUCACCGAAAGUUUAAGUCGGAAAGCUCAACUGUUAGCUAUGGGUGGCAUAGAGUUACAGGCUGUUUAUUAUGCUUUACCAGGUAUGGACGAUACCCUUGCAAGCGGUGCUGAUCCUUAUCAAGAGGCAAAACAAAAAUUGGAUGAACAUUUUUCUCCAAAACAUCACGAGUGUUUUGAAAGGUCUGAGUUUUGGGACAUGGCAAUGGAUAUUGAUGAAACCAUUGAGAAUUUUAUACCCCGUGUUCAACAAAAAGCUGAAACUUGUAACUUUGGUAAAACCGAAAUGGAAAGCAACCAAAUCGCUAUUAUUGAUAAAAUCAUAAAACAUGCCCCGGAAGACAUUAGACGCAAAUUGCUUGAGAAGGCGGAUUUAACAAUGGAUCAAGUUAUAAGAACUAUCGUAUCUCAUCAAGCAAUCAAAUAUCAAGUUUCCCAAAUGAAUUCCAAACCUCCUUCCAAAACUGAAGUAUAUCAGCUCACC